AAUUUUGUAAACCAUCUAUGAAAGUUUUAACACUUAUAUCUUCAUCUAAUUCGGGUCAAGUGAUAUCUUCCCCAUCAAAAGCAAUUUCAAACUUAUUUAAUUGUUUUAAAGUGGCUUUUCUUAAACGGGGAAAUCAGGCAGUAGGGAUGCUUACUGAACGACCAUCGGAUAAAUCAACCGCCAAUACUUCCUUACUGCAUUUCAAAUUAACUAACCAAAAUUUAGAAGAACAAUUAAAAGAAGCCCAAGAACGGCAAAAAGUCCAAGAUGACAUUGCCAAAAUGACGCAGGAAAAAUUAAAAGGUUAUAACGCGGCUAAAGGAGGACAAGUUCUCUCGCCUCAUAAUAUCAAACAUUUAGGUCUGCGUAAUCAUCCUUCUUUAAAAUGUGAGGAUUGUAAGAGACCAACUUUAAUUUUCAAAGAUGAGGCUAACGAGCAUUUAUUACGGAUUUUAAAUGAUAUUACCGCCUUUAAGCAAGGGGAAGAAUUAGCUGCUGAUGGGGAAAACGAUCCUUACUCUUCUCAAUUGAAAAGAAAUAAUGCGGUGCUUUACGGAGCUCCUGGCACGGGUAAAACAGAGUUUAUUAAUGAAUUAGUUCAUCACUUAUACCAACAGUUUGCUACCGAAAUAGAAGAAAAGGAAUUAAUCCCACCCGUAAUUGAAGUUAAAGGGGCGAAAUUAAAAUCUGCCGGGGGAAUUACCGACCAACCUAGUCCGGACCAGAAAUUAAUUAGCAUUAUUAAACAUUAUAAAAAAGAAGUUUUUGGGGAUGAAUUUAGUUCUGAACCUUACAUGGUUUUUGUAGAAGAAGCUGACCAAGGGGUGGAUGUAAUGGGCGGAACAGGAGGUAAAAAGAAUUAUUUAUUAGAAGAAUAUAAAAAUUUUCUCUCUACUAGCCAAGAUAAAGCCGGCUUAUCUGCUGAGGCUCAGGACCCUAAUUCUAUUAUCAUUAUUGCCACUAAUAAUUUCGACCUAAUUGACCCAGCCGUAGUUAGGAGAGGUAGAUUAGGAAAAAAACUCAAUUUUAACUGA